AUGACGGCAGAUAUCAAGCUGGAGGAAACUCCUGAGAAAAAACCCGAGGAAAACACUGAGGUCGCCUCUGCUGACCCCGCUAACGAAACCGCCGAUUUUGAAGGAGUUGAAGAGGAAGAAGAUGAUGAAUACUAUGAUGAUAUCUUUGAUGAUGAACUGGAUGAGGUAGAUUUUGAAGCCUCUAAUCCAGCUGACUUCACAAAAUCCUAUAACCGGCAGCGGAAGCUAAACGAAGUUGUCGCCGACGCGAACGCCCCCCUUUCUUCAUACCCAAAGAGCAACCCUCAGAAGCCGACUAUCAAUACCUAUGCGAAGGUCGAUGACCAGAUAUCAACCCUGGCACGGCAUGCUGGCAAAAUUAGGCUCGAUGAUGCCCAGUCGGGGCUUAAAUCGAAGGGUGGAAAGGGGGCGGAUAAGAGUGACAGGGCUACAUCAGAGCAAGUUCUGGAUCCCCGAACGCGCAUGAUAUUGCUUCAGAUGAUCAACAGAAAUAUUGUCUCAGAGGUGAACGGCUGUUUAUCAACGGGGAAGGAAGCAAAUGUCUACCAUGCAAUCUCUCAGCCCGAUGAUGAAAGCGAAGAGCUUCAUCGAGCUAUCAAGGUUUACAAGACGAGCAUUUUGGUAUUCAAGGACAGAGAUAAGUAUGUCACUGGUGAAUACAGGUUUAAGCAAGGGUAUAACAAAUCAAAUAAUCGCUCAAUGGUCAAAGUUUGGGCUGAAAAGGAGAUGCGGAAUCUCAAACGCCUGUACUCUGCUGGUAUUCCUUGCCCUGAACCAUUAUACCUUCGUCUCCACGUUCUUGUUAUGGGUUUCCUUGGGAACUCAAAAGGAAUACCAGCUCCAAGACUAAAGGAUGUACAGCUUCAGGAUGAGGAUCUAGAAACCCGGUGGAGAUCUCUGUAUAUGGAGUUAGCUGCACACAUGAGAACCCUGUACCAAGACUGCCGCCUGGUGCACGCUGAUCUCAGCGAGUACAACAUCCUAUACCACAAUCAUAAACUCUACAUUAUUGAUGUAAGUCAGGGUGUGGAGCAAGAUCACCCCAGGAGUUUAGAAUUCCUGCGCAUGGACAUAAAAAAUGUUAGCGACUUCUUCCGCCGAAAGGGUGUCGAUACUCUUCCUGAACGAACAUUAUUCGAAUUUAUUACCUCUGUUGAUGGCCCGCGUGCAGUUUCGGGUGACCUUGGUCAAAUGACUGCCAUGCUAGAGAAGCUAUUUGCCUCAAGAGCCGAGCGUCAGGGGGAGAAUGGCGAGCAACCUGAAGGCGAGGGUAAUGACGAGCUCGAUACUGCUGUUUUCCGACAACAAUACAUCCCUCAGACGCUUGAACAAGUCUACGACAUAGAGCGAGACGUUGAGAAGCUCCGGACUGGCAAGGGGGAUGAACUAGUUUACCGCGAGCUCCUGGCUUCGGCCCCGGAUGCAACCAAGUCGAAAGUGAGGGGCGAAGAGGAAGCCGAUGAGGAAGACUCGGAUGCCUCCGGGGGUGUGUCCUUGUCUGAUAGUGGCUCUCACUCGGGUGAUGCAGGCGAGGUAGACCUAUUUGCAAAGAAACCUCCACGGGGUAAACGGUUUGAGGAUAAAGAUGCGAAACGUGACCAUAAGAAGCUUGUCAAGGAAGAGAAGCGAGAACAGCGAGCCAAGAAGAUACCGAAACAUGUUAAGAAGAGACUCAUCAAUGCUUCAAAGCGGAAGUGA